AUGGGUAUAAAGGAUCCUGAAAGAAAGAUAGAUACCGAUGCUUUGAUUGAAAACAUUAAAAAUUUAGAGUUUGGAUUAGAAUAUGAAAUGCCAAUAAAUGCCGAUGAGCUGAUUGCUCUAAAAAAAUUAGGAUCCGGUCAGUCUGGUACUGUUUCGAAAGUUUUGCAUUUACCAACUCAGAAAACAAUGGCCCGGAAAAUCGUCCACCUUGAGGCUAAGGAAAUUGUACAGUCUCAAAUUAUGAGGGAGUUGAGGAUAAUGCAUGAAUGUGAUUCCCCAUUUAUUAUCGAGUUUUACGGCACAUUUUUACAAGAAGGAAACGUUGUGAUAUGUAUGGAAUAUGCGGAUUGUGGAUCAUUGGCCCAUGUUUUCAAAUUAACCGGACCAUUUCCCGAAUUUAUGCUAAAGCAUGUUGCAUACUCUGUGCUUUCAGGACUAAUAUAUUUGUAUGACCAGCAUAGAAUAAUUCAUAGAGAUGUUAAGCCAUCGAACGUUCUAUUAACAUCAAAGGGGAAAAUAAAGUUGUGUGAUUUUGGAGUUUCAAGGGAGCUCAUCAACUCAAUGGCAGAUACUUUUGUGGGGACAUCAACGUAUAUGUCACCAGAGAGAAUUCAAGGUGGGGUUUACUCUGUCAAGGGCGAUGUUUGGUCUUUGGGUAUAAUGCUAUAUGAGUUGGCAUCAGGUAAAUUGGCCUUUGCUAAUGACAAUUCGGGGGCCGUUUCAAUUCUAGAACUUUUACAGAGGAUUGUAAAUGAACAGCCCCCAAGCUUGUCAGUGAAAGAUGGCUUCAGCAGUGAGAUUUCUGAUUUCGUUUCGUUGUGUUUGAAAAAAGAGAGUUUGAGGCCUAGUCCAUCGGACUUGAUGAACCAUCGAUUCUUGGCCGAUUUCCUGGAUGAUGAUGGUAUCAUAGUGAGCUCAAAGUACCGUGCUGAUAUUCGCAAGUGGUCGAAAAAUGUCAGACGUGUACAAAAGGGUAAACCUGUGAAAGAUUAG